AUGGGAAACAAAGAUCUUUUAGAAAGAGACAACCAUGAGCACAAACAAACUUGUUCACAAAGUGUAAGGCAAGUCAUAGUAUUCUCUCAGGGAAUUUCACUUAAAGAAACAAGUGAAAAUUACAAUCGAAUUCAGGAAGGAAAACCUUCACAAACCUACACAGAUUUUAAGCAAGGUACCACUGACCGUGUGUGUUCUCCUUACAGCCAGAAAACCUGCCCUGGCCAGCAAAGCCAAGGGGCCGCUGUUAAACUGGCUGACUUCGGUCUAGCUAUCGAGUACCAAAAGGUGCAGCAGGCAUGGUUCGGUUUUGCAGGCACGCCGGGCUACUUGUCUCCAGAAGUUUUAAAAAAGGAACCUUAUGGCAAACCUGUGGAUAUAUGGGCGUGUGGUGUGAUCCUGUACAUCCUGCUGGUGGGUUACCCACCAUUCUGGGACGAAGACCAACACAGGUUGUAUGCUCAGAUCAAGGCUGGAGCUUAUGAUUAUCCAUCGCCUGAGUGGGACACUGUAACACCUGAAGCUAAAAACCUAAUAAAUUCUAUGUUGACGGUUAAUCCUGCCAAGCGCAUCACGGCAGCUGAAGCUCUCAAGCAUCCAUGGAUCUGUCAACGUGAACGUGUGGCUAGUGUUGUACAUAGACAAGAAACUGUAGACUGUUUGAGAAAGUUCAACGCUAGAAGAAAAUUAAAGGGCGCCAUCCUGACGACCAUGCUUGCCACUGCGUGCAACUUCUCUAGUAAGUCUGUGGGAAUGCUUGUAUCACAUUUUCCAAGUUUGUACCUUUUUAUUAAUAUUACUCCAGUUUUCCUCUUUCUUAUCUUUGUUCUUGAACAUUUUCAUUGCCCUCUUCACCUUUUCCAUAUUCUGGGUUUACAGGCUGCUGCUGGAUCUGCGCUUAUGUAGUCAUCUGUUCAGUUGAUACAAGAUUGAACAGAUAAGACCAGUUGAAUAUUAAACCUGUAUAAUCAUAGUUGUGCUUGGGUUUAUUUUCUAAGUGACUGAUGUACAGGAUUAAUAUUCAAGAUUGGCUUGUCCUAUGUCGUAUUUUGUUACAUAUCACGGUUUGUCUUUAAACUUUACUACUUUUUUAACACGUGUGAUGCUUUAUUUUGUUCUACUGACCUCUUCUGCUCCGUCUGCGAUCUUGGGUGCCUGGUCUACAGCCAACACUUCCCUAACCAACAUCCUUACCCUCACCCACUCUCCCUAAUUUCUACUGCCUAAUGCUAAUUUAUCAUUCUCCUUUUAACCUUUUAUCUAAUCUUUUCCUAAUACUUACGAUACUGUAUCUUAUGCUCUUCCUGCAUUAUGUUUACUUUCACAUCCUUAACAACUGUCUUUAAUAACUGUAUCAAGACUGAUUCACAUUUCAAAACACUUAUUAUUUUAUCCUCCACCUUCCUUCCUAUAUCUCUCUUCCUUCCUACUCCCUAUCCUCCUGUUCCUGUCCGAGCCCUUACCGUUGGUUG